GCAGAACGUGCGCAGGCUAUUCGAAUCAUAGGCCUUUUUGACAUCCUCAGUUGGCAGCACUGAAGGUCAUAUUGUCGGGCUGUCAGUGAAAAUUUACGGAAAGGCGACCAGAAGCGCGGCCAAAAGAUGGGAAAGCACUUUGGAGAAUUGGCGAAAGUGCAUGGCAUUGUCACGUACAAACUCUCCCCAUUCGAGCAGAGGGCAUUCGCCGGUGUGAUAAGCAACGGUGUCCCCAAUACGCUGCGGAGGAUUCGCUCAAACAUCUUCCGUGUUCUGCCGCCAUUCAUCAUUGGAUAUUUGGUGUACGAUUACGUGGAGACGAUGCACACGCAGAUCAAUCGCAAGAAUCCUGCUGAUUACGCGAAUGAUGAAUAGGAAAACUACAUAUAAAAAGCUAAAUUAUAGUAGAAGGUGUUGAAAAAUAAAUUUUUUCUUCCCGGACAAGAGUGU